AUGCCGGCCAUCCAGGCCAAGACGGAGGGCCGCGGAAACGGUAUCAAGACAAACGUUCUGAACGCGGCGGACGUUGCGCGGGCGCUGGCGCGACCAACGGCGUACGUGAUCAAGUUCUUUGGGUUUGAGCUCGGUGCGCUCACCAACAUCGACGAGGAAAAGGAGAAAUUCGUGGUGAACGGGCAGCACGACGCGGGCAAGCUGCAGGACGUGCUGGACAACUUCAUCAACCGGUUUGUGCUGUGUCCGUCGUGCAAGAACCCGGAGACAGAGCUGGUCAUCACGAAGGACGACAAUGUCAUGCGAGACUGCAAGGCGUGCGGUAAGGUGACGAGCUGCGACCCGCGCCAGAAGCUGGUGACGUACAUUCUCAAGAACCCGCCACCGAAGAAGAGCAAAAAGUCCGGAACCGCGUCCGCGAACGUUGGCGGCGGCGGCACCAAGAUCGCCGAGAUUGCUGAGAAACAGAAACAGUCGCAGGACGAGGACGUCGACGCGGUGCCGUUCGACGGCGACGCGCCUCCGUCGCAGAAGAUCGAGGUCAAGGACGAGGACUGGGCCGUCGACAUGUCGGAGGAGGCCGUCAAGGCGCGGGCCAGAGAGCUGGAGGGACUGACGCUGAGUUCCGACGCCCUGGACAAGUACGAGGAGUUUGGCGAGUGGCUGCUGCAAGACGAGCUGCCCGACGACGUGGAGAUCUUCAAGAAGGGCUCCGAAAUGGGCAUUAUCGGCGACACCAAGACGAUCGAGGUGCUGGCACAGGUGCUGUUUGACGAGGAUAUCGUGGACGAAAUAGAGGAGCACAAGGGCCUGCUGGGCAAGCUGGUGACCACAGACAAGCACGAGAUGUCGCUGCUGGGCGGCAUCGAGAGACUGAUCGGCCUGAAACAUCCGGAACUCGUCAAAAUCGUGCCCAAGGUGCUGAUGGUGCUGUACGACAACGACCUGGCUUCCGAGGAGGUGAUCAGAAACUGGGGGACGCACGUGAGCAAGAAGUUCGUGCCGAAGGAGACGUCCAAGAAGGUCCGCAAGGCCGCCAAGCCAUUCCUCAAGUGGCUCGACGAGGCCGAGGAGGAAAGUGACGAGGAGUAA